AUGUUUCAAGAAGUCAUUCAACCAUACCAAGAGCCUGCCACGUAUACCAACCCCUCUGAGUAUCAGCGUCAAUUUCUGGACCCAGGCAGUGUCAAAGACCUUGGACAUAUCAACUGCUACUCCAACAAUCGCUUCACAUGCAGAGCCUUGAUAACAUUCAUGAACGAAAUGAAGGCCUCUCAUGAGUAG